CAACCAGCUUCGCCUUCAUUCGCGUGACGACGGCAGACGGAUCAACUUCUUUGGGAAGACAAAUAUCGCACGUUUGGCUUUAAACCAACAUAUUUAAGCCCUGUUGAGUUAUAUUGCAAAAUUAUCAUCUCGUUAUACCAUAUUUGAAGGCGACAUCCAUCGAUUAUAUCAACGUUAUCGGAACAAAAGGUUUCAAGCUACACUCGCCAAGCUUGUGGCAGAAAACAAAACAAUGGCCAAGAGAGAAGACUCCCACUCUGACAUGGCCCAUGCUCGCCAAAGUGAUGGCAUUAACGUCAUCUUUGAUGAGAAAAGCCCCGUUUCAACUCGCUCCAGAUCCAGAUCCAGCAGCAGCUGUGACAGCAGACGCUCCCAUGGCUCAGGUCGCUCCCAUGGCUCAGAUCACUACAGGGGACGUGGUUACAACAGGGGACGUUACAGGUCAUCAUCAUCUUCAUCCAGCAGCAGGUCCUCUUCUCGCAGCAGGUCCUCCUCUCGCGGCAGGUCCCGCUCUCACCCUCGUUGCCACAGACCUUUCUCACGCUGUCGCUGUGAGAACCAUCACAGAUAUGGCCGUGGCCGCAGAUCUCCACCACGACGCUACAGGGCCCGCUCUCGUUCUUUCAGCCGCACGCCCUCACCAGACAGGUACUCUCGCAACAGACGCUACAGGUCCCGCUCCAGGUCUUCCAGCCGUUGGAGCCGGUACAGGAGGGCUUCAAGUCGGGUUUCCCCACAUAAAACAUAUAGAAGUGACUCAAGGUCCGGACCUUCAGGGCAUUCCAUCAACUUGACUUUGGAUGACAAAAGAGAACUCCUUAAAGCAGCAGUGGCCAAUGCUGCGACGAUUCUAGGAGUGGAGAAGUUGAAACUUCCUGAGAGUGUGAAACCAAUCCUGCCAGAGCAGUCAGAGGAGUCCAAACAGGUUUUGCCAGAGACAUGGGUGAGACAAGAAGACCCUGAAAAGACUCCAUCACAGAGCAGUGAGGUGGAGCCUGACGACAUGUCCAGUCCAAAGAUGUCUCCAAAAAGGAAAAUCAUCUCUUUCAGCAUUAAUAAUUCUGUGGUCAAACCAUCAGUGGCAGCUCCAUCUUCUGCUAAGGUAACGUCUAGAAUGGACAGCUAUGAAAGCAGGAAGCCCUAUGGCCACUGGGUUCGAGUCAAAUCAGGCCAAUCCAACGCACGCAAACACGCACUCGCCACUUCACAGUAGUGUGGCAGAGUGCAUGGACACUUUAAAUAUUUUGUACAUAUGUUUCAUAAUUUUUCGGCUGGCGUUUUCUUUCAGAUGUAAAAGAGUUAAGUUGGAAGAAGUGAAGAAUCCGCUCAGGUGGGAUUAUUUUUUUGCAGUUGUAUAUUGUGAUUCAAUAAAGAUAUUUAUUUGAUAAAAA